CCACCGAUUCACCAAUCAAAAGUCCCCGUUGUUUUACCUGCGUCGUCUGUUGACCAAUCUGGUCUCACUGGUACCCUGUGACCAAUGGGAGGGGGCUGUCCGCGGCGCCCAAUCCGGGCUGGGUAGAGCCCCCUGGGCGUCACGAAGGGCCAAUGGGAGUUCGAGCAGGGCAGAUACUGCUCAACAGCUUGUUAUUUGGCUGAUCGCUGGUGAUUCGGUACGAGUCCGGGCUGGAAGGGGGGUGGAGCGGAGCCGAGCCGAGCCACCGCUGCCUCCGCCGCCGCCGCUGUCUCUGAGGCGCCUGCCACGAGCGGGGCUGGGGGCCGGGCCGGGCUGGCAGCAGACCCCUACUUGGCUCUGAGUUUAAAGCUUUUUUCUGUGUAACUGGGUUCAAGAGAAAUCUUUGAGCUGGAAUCCCUCAAAUAACCUUCAAAGAUGAAGGCAGCAGAUGAGCCUGCCUACCUGACAGUGGGAACUGAUGUCAGUGCCAAGUACCGUGGUGCCUUUUGUGAGGCAAAGAUUAAGACAGUGAAACGGCUGGUGAAAGUCAAGGUGAUCCUGAAACAGGAUAACUCAGCUCAGUUAGUGCAAGACGACCAAGUAAAAGGACCUUUAAGAGUUGGUGCAAUGGUUGAAACCAAGAUGCCUGAUGGAUCCUUUCAAGAAGCUGUUAUCAACAAAUUGACAGAUGCCAGCUGGUAUACUGUAGUUUUUGAUGAUGGAGAUGAGAGGACGUUGAGACGAACUUCAUUGUGCUUGAAGGGGGAAAGACACUUUGCAGAAAGUGAGACACUUGACCAACUGCCACUAACAAAUCCAGAGCACUUUGGAACUCCAGUAAUUGGGAAGAAAUCCAACAGAGGAAGAAGAUCUUCUCUUCCUGUCACUGAAGAUGAAAAAGAGGAAGAAAGUAGUGAAGAGGAAGAGGAAGAUAAGAGACGUCUUAAUGAUGAAUUGCUUGGCAAAGUUGUCAGUGUAAUUUUUUGUUCGGAGAAGACUGACUGGUAUCCGGCUUUGGUAAUAUCUCCCAGCUGUAACGAUGACAUCACAGUGAAAAAGGACCAGUGUUUAGUUCGAUCUUUUGCAGAUUCCAAAUUUUAUUCAAUAGCAAGAAAGGACAUCAAAGAACUAGAUGUAAACCUAUCAAAAUCUGAUCUGUCUGCUAAAAAAGGGUUACAGGAAGCAAGCACUUUCUUAAACACAAAAGCUGUUCCUGAUAACUGGAAAAUGGAUAUGAGUGAAAUCCUGGAGUCCUCCAGCAGUGAUGAGGAAGAUGGAGCUGCUGCAGAGAGUGAUGAAGAGGAAGACAAAGUGGAAGAAAAGGAGGAAGAAGUAGUGCCUGAGGAAGAGCUUGAUCCUGAAGAGAGGGACAGCUUCCUCCAACAGCUUUACAAGUUUAUGGAAGACAGAGGUACUCCUAUCAAUAAACCUCCUGUUCUGGGCUACAAGGAUCUUAACCUCUUCAAACUUUUUAGACUUGUGUAUCAACAGGGUGGGUGCGACAAUAUUGACAGCGGUGCUGUAUGGAAGCAAAUUUAUAUGGACCUUGGCAUUCCUAUUUUGAACUCAGCUGCUUCCUACAAUGUAAAAACUGCUUAUAGAAAGUAUCUUUAUGGUUUUGAGGAAUACUGCCGCUCUGCAAACAUUCAGUUUAGGACCAUCCAUCAUAAUGAACCAAAAGUGGUAGAAGACAUUCAGAAACAAGAAGAACCAAUGGAGGAAAGUGUAAAAGAGGAACAAGAAAUGCUUCCAGCAGAAGUAAAAAAUGAAGUAGAAGAAAAUGAUUCCAGCAGUGAAAGUGAAAAAGAGGAAAUAGAAUUAAGAUCCCCGAGAGGACGGAGGAGACUUGCUCGCGAUGCAAUAACUACUAAAAAGGAAACUGAAGAGGAUAAAAUGCAGGACAAAUUAAAAGAUAACAACAAAGAAAAUAAAGAUGUAGAGGAAACACUUGAGAAUGCAGAGAAGAAAGAAAAUGAGACACCACUCGGGAGAAAGAACACACCAAAGCAAAAAGAGAAGAAAAUGAAAAAACAAGAGGAAUCUGAUAAAGAAUCUGAUGAAGAGGAAGAGAGAAGGCAAGAGAGGGAGGAAAUUGAAAACAAAGGAGAAUCAGAAGGGGAGGAAGAUGAGGAGGACACAGAGCCCUGUCUAACGGGAACCAAAGUGAAAGUAAAAUAUGGACGUGGAAAAACUCAGAAAAUUUAUGAAGCCAGUAUUAAAAGCACAGAAAUUGAUGAUGGAGAGGUUUUAUAUUUAGUACAUUACUAUGGCUGGAAUGUAAGGUCACCUGACUUCCAGUGCUUUGCUGGCAGGAGACCAGGAAGGUCUGCACCUUCAGAUUUCCUCAGGAUCUUAGGAAGAUACGAUGAAUGGGUGAAAGCUGAUCGGAUUAUCUGGCCUUUGGACAAAGGAGGACCAAAGAGAAAACAAAAGAAAAAAGCAAAAAGUAAAGAAGACCAGGAAAAGGAUGAAAAGAAGGAUGAGGAGAAACAGAAAUCAAAACGUGGCCGCCCCCCUCUGAAAUCUACUCUUCUGUCAAACAUGUCUUGCAGUUUAUCCAAAACACCUAAUAGUGAAGGUAAAGCAGGAGCCAGAAGUACACGGAGCAAUAUGUCAGAUUGCUCAUCAUUACCAAAUGGAACAGAAGGAACACCUCGCAGGCAGACGAGACGUAGCUCAGGAAUGUUUGAUUCUGAUAGAGGAUCAAACGAUUCUGGUUCAUCUGACAGUGAAGCUGAUGAGACUUCUGAAAAGAGUAUGAAUGAAGAAUUUUCUGCAGAAAUUUCAGAUAUGGAAAAAAAUGAAAAACUAAUUGAUGAGAAACCCGCUGAAGAAAACCCAAAGAUCCCACAUGUAUUGAUGAAAGAAAAUGACAGGACUCAAGUGCAGCCUCUAGAAACUUUAAAACUGGAAGUUGAAGAAAGUGAACAAAUAGUUCAGAUUUUUGGAAACAAAGCUGAACAAGUGGAAGAAAUUAAAAAAGAGACUGAAAAAUCACCUAAGGGGAAGGGAAGAAGGAGCAAGACAAGAGACCCCUCUUUAGAGAAUGUGAAGGUUUUGCCAGAAAGUCAAGAAGAGGGAACAAAUGAAACCCUCAUAGAAUCUGAAAGAUCAGACAUUUCUUCCUUAGACAAUAAAGAGUUUUCCACCACUACUGAAAAUGAAACAGAUCCCUGUACAAAAGAUAAGAAGCUUUUGAAAAGGAAAACGUUGGAACAGACAUCGCCUGAGAAAAAGGUACGACGAGAGUGUGAGAUGGAAGUGCCAAAUAUUGUGUCUGAGGAGAGGACCAAUGAAUGUAUUGGGAUGGAGGAAUGUAAAGACUUUCAUGAUGAAGAGUCACUCAGAACUGAAAAUGAGGAAAUGCCGUCUUUAGUAGCAGAGUCAGAUCAACAUGUUCAAGAGCUGACGAAUGAAAACUUUGAAUGUACAUCUGAGGAAAAUGAGCAUAUUCCAUUAAAAGACGAGGACGACACUAUGCCUCAGAUUGGACCUGAAACUCUACUUUGCCAUGAAGUGGACUUGGAUGACUUUGAUGAAAAGGAAAAGAGCAGUAGUGAGGAUGCAGUAGCAGAAAAGCCAGAUCCCAACUCUUUGACCUCAAAUCCAUCUGCCUUAACCCCUGCAGUCCAGCCUAACUUCUCUGUGGCCUCGCCCCUUGCUCUAAGUCAGGAUGAAUCUCGCAGUAUAAAAAGUGAAAGUGAUGUAACUAUUGAAGUGGACAGUGUGGCAGAAGAAUCUCAAGAAGGUCUCUGUGAAAGCGAGUCUGCUAAUGGAUUUGAAGCCAGUACCACUUCAAGCAAUUGUAGUAUAGCAGUACAAGACAGAGAUACUGGAGAGAAGGGUCAAAAAAGGCCAAGCGAUGGCAAUAGUGGGACACUGGCAAAGAAACAAAAACGUACUCCAAAGCGAUCAAGUGCUGUAGCCAAAAAUGAAAAGAAUGGAACAGGACAAAGCAGUGAUAGUGAAGAUCUUCCUGUCAUGGACAGUUCAAGUAAAUGUACUCCAGUAAAACACAUAAAUGUGUCCAAACCACAGAAGCUUGCGCGAUCCCCUGCAAGAGUAAUUUCCCCUCACAUCAAAGAUGGAGAAAAGGAUAAACAUAGAGAGAAACAUCACCACAAUGCUUCCCCGAGAGUGUAUAAAUGGAGUUUCCAACUCAAUGAACUAGACAACAUGAACAGCACUGAGAGAAUCUCCUUUCUACAAGAAAAACUACAGGAAAUCCGAAAAUAUUACAUGUCCCUGAAGUCAGAAGUGGCAACAAUAGACAGAAGAAGAAAACGAUUAAAAAAGAAAGACAGAGAAGUGUCUCAUACAGGAGCAUCCAUGUCAUCUGCUUCAUCAGACACUGGGAUGAGUCCAUCAUCGUCUUCUCCUCCCCAGAAUGUGCUUGCUGUAGAAUGCAGAGAAAGGGCACUUAUCAGAUUUGAAAAGUUAUGUCCAAUGAAGCAUUCAGGUGUUCUAGGAAAUCAUAGAAAAGCAAGUGCAUCAAACAGACAUCAGAAUAUUAUCAAACAGAAUCAAGUUACUGCUGCACUUUCACCCAGCUUGUAUGCUAACCCUUGGUGAGUAGUUCCUCUUUGUGGAAGCACUUGCUAUACAGAACUGCCAAAGUAUGUGUUCAGCAAUGUGCCCAGUUUUAAAGAUGUAAAUGGGACAAAAUAAAUUGUGAAAGGAAGUGUAGUUGACUGAAAACUACAGUUGUAAUAAGUCUUCCACUUUUUAUAGGAUUUUUGAGCACACGAUUAUGCAAAUAUUUUAAUGUUUAUUAAUGUUUACAGUGGAAUUGUGAAUAAGUUUUCAGUGGACUAUCUUAUCCCUUGACAAAAAUAUUUUGUCUUUUUUCUAUGUAAUUUCAGAGUUUUUAUUUUGUUACAAAAAGACGAAAAAUGAAAUAUAUAACAACAAUGAAGUUAUUUAACAAGAUUUCUAAAGCUGAAUUUUUUUGUGUAAAAUAAGGUAUCUUGCAACUUGUUAAAUAUAUUUAUUCAGACAUUGGAUGUUGUAUUUUUAUGUAUUUUUUAAAAUAUUAAUAAAAUUGGAAAAAAAUUCUAGGUUAGUUCACUCUUUUGAAAAAACAUACCUAUCAGUUGUAGCUCUUACAGGAGGUUUUAUCCAGUAACCGUGCCUGUAUGUGCAGUGGCUCUGUCUAUUCUUCCACAAUGUAGAACUGUAAUCGGGCAUCUGGAUUAAACUAUAACCUUGUUUGGAAACUUUGGCAGUCCUAGUACUUACAUUGUUUUGAGGAACAAAUUUUAUUGGGUUGCCCUUAAGAUGCUUUGUCACAGUUUUUAUGUUUGCUAUACUGCCGAAUGAAUUUAUAUCUCCCAAAGUUGAGAUGCAACAAUAAAGUAAAGCAACUGUGUAUACUUUGUCUGUGGAUUGUCCCACGGGCUGAUGCAGUUUGUAAAUAACUCUUCCAAAACCAUGUAUUUAAAACAGUUUGCAUAUACAUUAUGUAUAAAAGUGAUUUUUUUAUCAAUUUUUUAUUCAUGUUUGUACAUUGAAAGGGGUUUUAACCCCUCUUUCUGUGUUUAAAAUGCUGUAGAGUAAUAACAUAGAUGCUCUAGACUGUAUAUCAGGAUAUUAUGGUUCACACAGCAGAAAGUCAGAGCGAAACACUAGUGAUGGGGGUAGCAUUACUACGAUUGAUGUUUCUUGAAACUUCAUUUUACCACAUUUGUCAACUUGUGAUUCCAAUUCCUUCCAUUUUCGCAGAGAAUUAAAGAAAAAGUACUCUUGUAAAA